AUGCUAAAUGAUCAGCAUCGCAACAUAUCACACAUCAUCGUCUUCAAUGGUGUGAAGCUGCUGUCGGACCUGUUCGCCCCGCUAGCUCUCGGUGUGAACGAGUCCUACGAGCUCGCGGUGUCAGCCGAAGGCCGUGUGGCCAUCUCAUCUCAGACCGCUUGGGGUGCCCUGCGGGGCCUCGAAACGCUCUCACAGCUGGUGGAGUACAAUUUCACCACGGACACCUACUCCAUCCAUGAUGUGCCAUUCCGAAUGGAGGAUGCCCCCCAGUUUCAGCAUCGGGGACUGCUCGUCGACUCGGCGCGGCACUUCUUGCCGCCAAUCCGCCUCAAGCGCACAAUCGAGGCGAUGUCUUUUGCCAAGCUCAACGUGCUCCACUGGCAUUUGACGGAGGAUGAGUCCUUCUCCAUGCCCAGCUCGUCGCACCCGGAGCUCGCAGAGAAGGGUGCAUGGAGCGCCAGUGAAAGGUACUCGCUCCACGACGUGAAGGACAUCGUAGACUUCGCACAGCUGCAUGGCGUCCGAGUCAUUCCCGAAUUUGAUAUGCCUGGGCAUGUGAGCUCCUGGAGCAAGUCGCACGCGGAGCUCUUCGACCCACGCUGCCUGGAGAGGUCAAGGCGGCUGGCCUUCGAGCCCACGAAGGAAGUGUUCGACUUCUUGCAGGGCCUCCUCACAGAAUGGGCGACCGGAGUUUUCCAUGAUCAGUUCUUUCACCUAGGCGGUGAUGAGGUGCCCUUCGAGUGCUGGGAGCGGCUGUCUGUCUCAGAGGGCGGCAAGACCUACGACACACCGCCCAAGCUGUUCCGGCACUUUGUCGGAAGCAUGUUUCGGCGCGUCACUGGACCGCUCAACCGCUCGGCGAUCUUUUGGGACGAGGCGUUUGUCUCAGCCGACCUGCCCGCGGAGGCUGUAGUUCAGGUGUGGCGCGACAAGAAGACGCUGGUCCGGGCCGUGCAAGCCGGGCACCGUGCGCUUCUCUCCUGGGGCUGGUACUUGGAUCAUCUAAAUGAAGACUGGCAAGGAAUGUACGACAAUGAUCCCGUGGGUGGCGUUCCUGAGGACCAGAAGGAUAAGGUGCUUGGAGGUGAGGGCUGCAUGUGGGGAGAGACGGUGGAUGGCUCGGACCAGGCCCCCACGGUGUGGCCACGACUUGCGGCCAUUGCCGAGCGCUUGUGGAGUGCGCCAGCCUCUUCUGCCGCGGCUGCGGAGACCCGUUUGGGCGCUUUCAGGUGCCUUCUCCUCCGCCGCGGCGUCGCUGCGGGCCCCACCAUGGGUCAGGGCCGCGCUGCGCCGCCAGGACCAGGGUCCUGCGAUCAGAGGAGCGGCGACUGGGGUCAACUCGCGUGA